AUGUGGGGAGGCCCAGAAGUCCUGAGAACAGAAGCAGAGGCGGAGGACCUCGUGGAGAUCAUGGAAGACUACAACCUCACAAGCACUCUGGCACCAGGCACUAUCACGUAUGAAGAAGGCGAGAGGCAGGCCACCAUCGAUCUCUGCCUGGUCACUCUUGGCCUGGCAUAUCGAGUUAUCAGGAGCCAGUCGUCACGGGUCUUCGACGUAUCAGUCAAGCAGCUAAAUAGAGAGCCCAGCAGAAAUUGGAAACCCAUGGACGAGAAGAGAUUCAAGUCCUGUGGUGCUGGGGAACCUGCCGCCGAUGCGAAGACCAAGGACACAAAGCGCACUUGGUCGAUACGCGGGGGAGAUAGUUGCAGCAUUACGAAAUGCAAUACAAACGGCAGUGCCCCAAAGGACAUGGUCCCCUAA